AUGUUCGAACUGGACUCUGAUAAUUGUAAUUCAAGCAACAAAGAGCUUGUUCGUUCUGAGCUACCUGGAACUCAACCCUCACUCUUGGAGGGUGGCUUUCACUGGACUGGAGGUGAACAGCAUACGCCGGAAACUCCAACUCCCAUAGACGCCACAACUAGCUUAGUCGGCAAAUAUGACAACAACAGUAAAAAUGGUAGUUACAAUGGCAGCAAUAAUCUAAGACUGAUUUUAGAGAGCCUAGGCGCCAAUGAUCCUGGCCUUCGAGUCGCCUGGUCUGUCAGCAGUCCAAUCCAGCCACAGACGAACAGUCUGUGGCAAAGAGCAGAGGACGAUAGGAUUUCUGGGCAAGUCAACGGCUCGCAGAGUUGGGGGAUCGGAACAGCUUCUGAAGGCACGGCGAAAAGUAUAAGUGUCGCUCAAAAGCCAGGAGGAUCAAACGAGGAAUUGGAUGGUCAUGAGAGUCGAAUAAGCUGUUUGGCUCGACUUGAUUCCUGUCUGCAGCAGCCGAGAUGUGGCAAAGCGUUACAGCAAUUUCGCAUGAUGUGCACAUUUCGGUCAUGUGAACAGUUCUUGUAA